UUAUUUUUAAUCUUAUAAAACGUCAAAACCUAAUGUCGUUUAAGAUCCCGCUUCCUGUUUAUCAACUAAGCCCGGCGGGCUGUAUUGUCGUUACUUCCAGUGCGGAAGGACAUGAGAGGCCUUGCUUUGGCUUCCUGUAGGGCGUCAUCGUCUUCACUCAACAAUCUCUCGCAAGUUCAGGAAUCGUUCAAUCAGCUUAAAUCAAGCGGCGAAAGCGCUUCAAAGCCCAAAGCUGAUCGAAAUCACGUCAGCAACGUUGAAGCUUCUUUGAGAGGUAAUACUCCCUAUUCGCUGAACCCUCAGCUUAGAAGGGCGAACUCAGCAUCAAUCACAAGCGGUCCAAUUUCAGCUAAUACAUGUAGUAAGUCAAUUGAUCACCGUUACUUUUCUCGAAUUCUAUCGAGAAAUGACUGUUUUUUAUUACUGAACCACGACCGUAGUGCAAAGAGGAUUAUAUUGAAUCCUCAGUUUGUUAUUAGCAUCUUGCAAAAUCAGGAAAACCCAUUGCAUUCUUUGAAAUUUUAUAUCUGGGUCUCCAAAAUCGACCCGUCAUUUGCAAAGAAUCAAUCCGUUAAGGCUGUUUUAGCUAAUUGCCUUUAUAGGAAAGGGCCUGUUUUGUUGUCGGUUGAAUUGCUUAAAGAUAUUAGAAACUCGGGUUAUCGAGUCAAUGAAGAUAUGCUUUGCGUUUUGAUUGGUAGCUGGGGCAGAUUGGGAUUGGUAAAGUAUUGUGAUGAAAUAUUUGGGCAGAUAUCUUUCCUGGGUAUUUGUCCUAGUACUAGGUUAUAUAAUGCGGUUAUUGAUGCAUUGAUCAAAUCCAAUUCUCUUGACUUGGCUUAUCUGAAGUUCCAACAGAUGUCAGCGGAUAAUUGCAAACCAGAUAGGUUUACUUAUAAUAUACUUAUUCAUGGAGUCUGUAGGAUCGGUGUAAUGGAUGAAGCACUCAGGUUGGUUAAGCAGAUGGAGGGUUUGGGAUUUCCACCUAAUGUGUUCACGUAUACAAUCUUAAUUGAUGGGUUCUUAAAUGCAAAGAGAGUUGAUGAAGCCUUUAGGGUUUUAGAGACGAUGAAGGCUCGAAAGUUGAGUCCCAAUGAAGCGACAAUUCGAGCAUUCAUUCAUGGGGUGUUCUGUUGUGUGGCCCCAAUUAAGGCAUUUGAGCUGGCCAUCAGAUUUAUUGAAGGAGAGCGUGUCUUCAGGAGAUUGGCUUGUGACACAUUACUUUGUUGUUUGUCAAAUAAUAAUAUGGCAACAGAGGCAGGUGCAUUAUUGGGGAAACUUGGCAAGAGAGGCUACUUACCCGACAGUUCAACAUUUAACAUCACUAUGAAUUGUUUGAUAAAGGGUUUUGAUCUCAACGAGACAUGCAACAUACUGGAUAGAUUUGUUGAGAAAGGCAUCAAGUUGGGUUUUAGCAAUUAUCUUGUAUUAAUUGAAGCUUUGUACAAGGCUGGAAGAGUUUCGGAGGGGGACCAGUAUUUCAAUCAGAUGGUGAAGAAUGGACUUGUGUCGAAUGUCUUUUCAUAUAACAUGGUGAUAGAUUGCUUCUGCAAAACCAGUAUGAUGGACAAGGCAGCAAAUGCUUUUAAACAGAUGCAUUAUAAAGGUAUCACUCCUAAUAUUGUUACUUUCAAUACCCUUAUUAGCGGGCAUUGCAAGGUUGGAGAGAUAAGCAAAGCACGAGAACUGUUGUUGAUGCUCUUAGAACAUGGAUUCAAACCAGAUAUCUUCACUUUUAAUUCAAUAAUUUAUGGCCUUUGUCAAUCACAGCAGAUUGAUGAUGCUUUAGGUUGUUUCAAUGAAAUAGUUGAGUGGGGUGUCUCUCCCAAUGCUGUCACAUACAAUAUAUUGAUCCGUUCAUUGUGUGUCAUAGGGGAUGUUCCUCAAUCAAUGAAACUCCUAAGAAAUAUGCAAAUGGAUGGAAUAAACCCAGAUGUCUUUUCUUUCAAUGCGCUUAUUCAAAGUUUUUGUAGGAUGGGAAAGGUAGAGAAUGCAGAGAAGCUUUUUGUUUCAAUGUUGUCAAUGGGCUUGAUUCCAGACAAUUAUACUUAUGGUGCUUUUAUCAAGUUAUUUUGUGAAUCAGGGAGAUCUAGUGAAGCUAAGGAGAUACUUCUCUCAAUGGAAGCGAAUGGUUGUGUGCCUGAUUCUUUUACAUGCAAUAUAAUUUUGGACACUCUAGUCAAGCAAGGUCAGUUUGAAGAGGCCCAGAAAAUUGCAAAAACAUGUAGUGAGAGCGGCAUUUUGGUAAAAUGUGAGCUUCUUGGUUCCUAAAUUUGUGCUGCUUUGUUUGGUUUUUCACUUUGAGGCAGACAGAGCCACAAAACAUCAGACUGCAUUUUGCUAAAUCUCAUUUGUGGAAUCAUGUGCAUCAGAGAAUCAUGAUAAGAAACUGUCUUGUUCUUAUCAAUUUGUCUUGUGUUUUUGGGAAGAAGAAGUUGCUUCUGUUCCUGGUGGGGUACACAUUCUGAGUUGGUAGACUUGGAUCGAAGGAAUCAGAAGAUAACCUUUGGGCUUGGCACUGCAUACUUCUGAAUUUGUCAAGUUAGUCUGCUUUGCUACUGUUAUAGAAAAGAAAACAGAUGUUCACUAAAAUUGUGAACAAUGACAUGCCUCCUUCCCACACAAGUUUUGCCACGUGGGAAGCAAAAUGGGGUAGCUGGUUUAUGAGGUUUACCCCAGGCAAUGGAGAUAUCUCUUUGCAAGAUGAAGUAGAGUUGCAUCCAAAGGUGUUUAGACAUCCAAUGGACUGCACCCUACCUCCAUUUUGUUUACCUGGUUUUUGAAAGGAAUGAGUUCCUGUUUCUUAUGGCAUUUGAAAUAUGUUUGCUCUCCAUGAUAAAUUACUCAUCUCUAUAAUUUAGAAGGAGCAUUUUACUUUUUUUACAAGGUUUUUGUGGUGACUGUAGUAAUAUUACUCGUCAGCUGCUGUCCCAUGUAGCCAUACGCUUGUAUAUUUCUGAGGCUGUGAUGCCAUAGGAGCGAUAUCAAGUUACUUGUAAUAUUUGUCUCCUUUAUAUUGCAGACAAGCAUUCUUGACUUCA